CCUCACAGCUGCAUUCAUUGAGGAGUAGGGAGGCAAGCAGGGGAGAGGCGUCUCCUCACCGUCUUCUCAUACAGAAAAUGUUUUUCCUUUACCAGUGGGUAAUGGCUCACAGAACUUUUCACAUAGUUUUUCUAACUUUGAUGCUCAGUGGGUGCAUCCAGGCUCAGAAACAAACAGGAUUGUUCCCUGCAGUUCUCAAUCUUGCCUCUAAUGCAAUCAUCACAACCAAUGCAACAUGUGGGGAGAGGGCACCUGAAAUGUUUUGUAAGCUAGUUGAACAUGUUCCUGGACAGCCAAUUAGAAACUCCCAAUGUCGGAUCUGUGACCAGAGGAGCAGCAAUCCUUACCUGCAACAUCCAAUCACCCAUGCGAUCAAUGGAAAGAAUUCUUGGUGGCAGAGUCCAAGCAUCCAGAAUGGGAUACAGAACCAUUUUGUGACAAUUACACUCGAUCUUCGGCAGGUGUUUCAAAUUGCAUAUGUUAUUGUUAAAGCUGCCAAUUCUCCACGGCCCGGAAACUGGAUUUUGGAGCGAUCGCUGGACGGUGUGUCAUACAAGCCGUGGCAAUACUAUGCCCUCAAUGAUGGAGAAUGCCUCAACAGAUAUAAUAUUUUCCCUCACUCUUCCAUCACAAGGGAUGACGAGGUCAUAUGCACUUCUCAUUAUUCAAAUGUUCACCCUGUUGAAAAUGGAGAGAUCCAUACUUCCCUUAUUACCGGAAGACCAAGUGCUGAGGACCCCUCUGAGAUUCUUCUUAAUUUUACUUUAGCCCGCUACAUUCGACUGAGAUUACAGCGGAUUCGAACUCUUAAUGCUGAUUUAAUGAUGCUAGCUGAGAAUGAUCCAGGAGACCUUGACCCCAUUGUUUCAAGAAGGUAUUUCUAUUCAAUAAAAGAUAUUUCUGUGGGAGGUAGAUGUGUCUGCUACGGGCAUGCCAGAAUCUGCCCUCUGAACCCAGCAACAAAUAGAUCAUCUUGUGAAUGUGAGCACAAUACAUGUGGCGAUAGUUGUGAACAAUGCUGCCCUGGAUUCAAUCAAAAACCUUGGAUGGCAGGAACAGCUCUCUCGAACAACGAGUGUGAAUCAUGUAAUUGCCACUGGAAGGCUGAGGAAUGCUAUUAUGAUCAAGAAAUUGCAGACAAGCGUCUAAGUUUGAAUAUUCAUGGAAAAUACAUUGGAGGAGGUGUUUGCAUUAACUGCACAAGGAACACUGCUGGAAUCAACUGUGAAACUUGUGCUGAUGGAUUUUAUCGACCAAAAGGGGUGGCACCAACUCACCCAAAUCCAUGCCGAUCUUGUAGUUGUGAUCCCAUUGGGUCAUUUCACGAUAUUUGUGUCAAAGAUGAAAAGCAAGCUGUAAAAGGUGUGCUUCCUGGAUUCUGUAAUUGCAAACCUGGCUAUGGUGGCGAGAGAUGUGACCAAUGUGCUGUGGGUUACAUUGGCUAUCCGGACUGUUUAAAGUGCAACUGUAGUGCUUUAGGGAGUGCAAAUGAUGAUCCAUGCAUUGAUCCAUGUUUUUGUAAGAGUAAUGUGGAAGGAGCAAACUGUGACCGAUGCAAACAUGGAUUCUUUAACCUGCAACAAAACAAUCCACAAGGUUGUGAUCAAUGCUUUUGUUCCGGAGUUUCAAACAAUUGUAUUAGUUCUCAAUUUGCUUAUUCUCAGGUCACUGAUAUGAAUGACUGGUAUCUUACAAGCAUAUAUGGUAAUGUCAAAGUAGCACCAACAAAGGAUACAUUUGAUGGACCACAACAACUUAGCAUUAAUAAUGAGGAUGCGUACACUCUUGGGCUGCAUGGUGUUUAUUAUUGGGAAGCGCCUAAAUCCUAUUUGCACAACAAAGUUACAGCAGUGGGAGGAGAGCUCACUUACACGAUUUCCUACGACACCUCUGUAAAGGAAGAUGCUGUGACCUUAGGCUAUAAUCCACGGAUCAUUAUUGAGGGUAAUGGCAUGCAAAUUGUAAAUGGGGAUGAAGACAUUCUUUUGAAGCCAUUUGAAGAAUUCACCGAGACAGUGAUUCUACGCCCUGAGUUCUUCAAAUUAUAUGGGACACAGUAUCAAGUCAACAGAAGAGACUUUCUGAUGGUUCUGGCAAACAUAAAGAAACUUCUCAUUCGAGCAACCUAUAGUCAUCAUCUUCAAGCUACCUACAGACUAAGUUCUGUCACCCUAGAACUUGCUGAUCAAUCUUCUUCUGGUGGAAAUAGGGCUUAUGCUGUAGAGCUUUGUCAAUGUCCUCCUGGGUACAGUGGAACCUCUUGUGAAAGAGGGAAUCAAUCUUUUACUUUUAGCAUUUCAUCUACAAGUGUUCCUAAGUCUUGUUUACCAGGUCACAGACGGAUUAAUGGCACACUCUUUGGUGGGAUAUGUGAGCCCUGUGUCUGUUAUGGUCAUGCAAACUCAUGUCAUGAUAUUACUGGAGAAUGUUUGAAUUGUGAGCAUAAUACCUAUGGAAGAUUCUGUGAUUACUGUAUCCCAGGUUUCUAUGGCAAUCCUAGAGAAGGCACAGCUGAGGACUGCCAUCCAUGUGCUUGUCCUCUGACAUUAAAAUCUAACAACUUUAGCCCUACAUGCCACCUGGACAGAAACCGUGGAUUAAUUUGUGAUGCCUGUCCCCCUGGCUAUGCUGGACAACGCUGUGAGAGGUGUGCAAAUGGGUAUUUUGGUCAACCAUCAGUUCCAGGUGGAUCAUGUAAGCCAUGCCAAUGUAGUGGCAACCUUGAUUUAUCAGUUCCUGGCUGCUGUGACAGUGAGACAGGAGCCUGCCUCAAAUGUAGACCAGGAAUAACUGGGGAGUAUUGCAAUACAUGCGCUGACGGUUAUUUUGGAGACGCCCUAGAGGCACGGAAUUGCCAACCAUGCAACUGUCAUAUCAAUGGCUCCAUGUCUUCAACUUGUAACUUUAAAACUGGACAGUGUGAAUGUAAAAAUAAUGUUACAGGACGUCAGUGCGAUGAAUGCUUGCCCAAUUGCUGGUGGGAUUCUGAGAAGCAGAUAUGCUUACCAUGUGGCUGCAGUCCUAGUGGGUCUAUGUCACUGCGUUGUGACAUAACUGGGAGGUGUAUCUGUAAACCAGAGUUCUUUGGGAAGCACUGUGAAUUCCGAAGACAAGGGUAUGACAGAAAAGAUGCUGUUCGGGCAUCCCAGAGUAUCCAAGCCCCACCUAGAAGAUGGAGCCAAACCAGUUCCAGAGGCUGUCCCCGUGGUGCAUACAAACCAACCAUUUUGCCACAAACGUAUGGUCUUCAGUAUUCUAAGGGCUGUAUUCCCUGCAACUGUAACUCGUUUGGUUCCAAAUCUUUUGAUUGUGAUGACAGCGGUCAAUGCAAUUGCCAGCCUGGUGUAACUGGGAAGAAAUGUGAUAGAUGUGGUCACGGAUAUUUUGAUUUUCAAGAAGGAGGAUGUACACCCUGUGAAUGCUCUCAUGUUGGGAAUAAUUGUGAUGCUGACACUGGUCACUGUGUUUGUCCUCCCAAUACUAUUGGAGAACAGUGUGAUAAAUGUGCACCAAACCACUGGGGAUACAGCAUUGUCAACGGAUGCAAGGCCUGUGAUUGUGAUACUCAAGGAUCACUCAGCCUCCUAUGUAAUGCAGACACAGGUUGCUGUUUCUGCCGUCCAAACUUUUCUGGUGACAAGUGUAACUCGUGCAGGUUAGGAUACCGGAAUUUCCCACAAUGCAUUAGCUGUAACUGCAUGUUGGCAGGUAUUGAACCCCAGACCUGUGAUCUUGAAACCAACAAAUGUUCUUGUGCUGAAGGAACAGGACAGUGCAACUGCAAGAGGAACGUGGAAGGGGUCUUAUGUGACAGAUGUAAACCCAGCACAUUUGGACUUCAUGUUGGGAAUCCAGUAGGUUGCAGCAGCUGUUACUGCUUUGGUCUGACUAACCAAUGCACAGAAGCAGAUGGAUUAAUUCGUAUGUGGCAAACAUUGAAACCAGAUCAGAUAGUGCUUGAGUUGGUGGACUUUACACAUCAGCAGAGGACCACAAAAGGGGUGACCUUCCAGCAUCCAGAAAUCGUUGCACUCAUUGAUCAAGUAAAACAAGACUUGCAAUCUGAGCCAUUUUAUUGGAAACUCCCACAACAGUUCGAAGGCAGAAAGCUAACAGCAUAUGGUGGCAAAUUGAAAUAUGCUAUUUACUUUGAAGCACGGGAUGAAUCUGGGCCUUCAACAUAUGAACCUCAGGUUAUCAUCAGAGGUGGUCCCCAAGCUAAUCAUAGAAUCAUAGUCAGACAUAUGGCCGCCCCUCAAAAUGGUCAGCUGACAAGACAUGACAUUGAGAUGACUGAGCAUGAAUGGAAAUAUCUUGGAUCUCUGGACAGAAACUCUGUAACCCGUGAGGACUUCCUGGAUGUUCUUUAUGACAUUCACUAUAUCCUGAUUAAGGCCUCCUAUGGCAGCAUAUUAAGACAAACCAGGAUUUCUGAAAUUUCUCUAGAAGUGGCAGAACAAGGAACUUCUUUUACCAUGAGUCCAAAAGCUUAUUUGAUCGAGAAAUGUGAAUGCCCUCCAGCAUAUUCUGGUCUUUCAUGUGAGACAUGUUCUCCAGGAUUCUACAGAAUUGCUCCGCCAAACCCCGGCAGACGCCCUGGCCCUGCACUUGGGACCUGUGUGCCUUGUGAGUGCAAUGGACACAGUGACAUGUGUGAUGCUCAGACUUCUGUUUGUCAGGCAUGCAAGCACAACACAGCAGGGGAUCACUGUGAAACAUGUGCAUCAGGAUUUUAUGGAACGGUCAGAGGUUCUCCAGAUGAUUGUAAGGCAUGUGCUUGUCCCUUACAAAUUCCCAGCAACAAUUUCAGCCCCACGUGUGUCACGCAAGGAACAAACGAUUACCGAUGUACAGCUUGUCCUCUGGGGUAUGAAGGCCAGUUCUGUGACAGAUGUGCAUCUGGUUAUACUGGUAACCCAGGUGUACCUGGGGGCUCCUGCCAAGAAUGUGAGUGUAACCCUUAUGGAUCAUUGUCUAUGAUCUGUCAUCCAACAACUGGUCAAUGCACGUGUAGAGCUGAGGCAACAGGGCCCAAGUGUGCUGGCUGCACUGAUCGGCAUGUGCGGGAGGGUCCACUGUGUGUAUUUUGCGAUGAUGAAUGUACAGGACUGCUUCUUAAUGACUUGGAUCAGCUAAACCAGAUGGCCAUAAGCGUCAAUCUUUCUGGCCCACUGCCUCCACCUUACAUAAUGCUGUUUGGGUUCGAAAAUGAAACACAGGAAUUCAAGCACUUACUGUCACCUCAACGAGCUCCUGAAAGACUGCUCCAGCUGGCAAAAAAUAACCAACAAACUCUUGUCAUAGAGAUGGAUGAGCUACUGAACAGGGCAGCUAAGGUGACGGCAGAUGGGGAGCAGACUGGAAAGGAUGCAGAAAGGACACACGAAAGGGCAAAACAACUGGGAGAUUUUGUGAACGUGACUCUCCAGGCAGCAAAGGAAAUACAUGAUAAAGCUGUAAAACUGAAUGAAACAUUGGGUUUCCAGAACAAAACACAAGAUAAGAGUUUUCAGGAAUUGCAAAGGGAUGUUGACAAGAUGAUGGAAGAACUUAGAAAAAGACAUUUCAACACUCAGGAGAGCAUACCUGAAGAUGAAUUGAUAGCUGCAACUAGUCUCCUGAAUAAGAUGAAAAAACUUUUUCAGGAUCCUCAUGACAGAAAUAAAGAGCUACUUUCUGAUGUGAGGGAAAAGUUAGAUAAGUUUCAAGAAAAGCUGGAUGAUGCUUGGAAUCUGCUUCAAGCAGCUCGAAAGAAAAUUAAAGAUACAGAUCAACUAUCUUCUGUGAACCAGCGUAAUAUGACAGAGUUAGAGCAAAAGAAGCAACUUGUUGAGAAGCUCAAGAAAGAAACAGAACAUGUUGUCAAGGAUGGAGAAGACAUUAUGUCCGAAGUCAAUAAUGCAGCACAAAACGUCAAUGAAGCUGAAAAUGACUUGGCUGACAUGGAUAAAGAGCUUUCACCACUGGCAGAGAAUCUUGAUGCAAAAAUUAAGAAUUUGACGGAUGAAAUUGAGACAAGGGAUCUUCCAUUGCAAAUAUGGAGAGCAGAAAGCCAUGCAGUUCAAUUAAUGGAAUCUUCAGGGACAUUAGAUCAAAUCCUCGCUGAAGCCAAAAACCUCUCAUUUAAUGCAACCGUGGCUUUCAAUGCUUACAGCAAUAUCAAAGAUUUAAUUGAUGACGCAGAAGAUACUGCAAAAAAAGCAAAAGCUAAAGCCAAUGAAGCUAUGAAUCUGGUGAUUGGCCCCCAAGGAUCAUUAAAAGAUGAAGCAAAGACUGCGAUUCAAAAAAGUGUCCGGGGUCUAACUAAUGCAAAGACAAAAUCUCAUGAGUUGAAAGAAAAUGAGAAUGAACUUGCUGGCAUGAAAAACAGACUGCAAAAUGCUGAUGAGAAAAACCAAAACCUGCUGAAGGCAUUAAAUGACACAUUUGGAAAACUUACAUUGAUCCCCACUGAUACGGCAGUAAAGAUACAAACAGCUAAAGACAAAGCUAAGCAUGCUAAUGAUACUUCUAACGAGGUCCUUGAACGUAUUAAGGAUCUCAAUCUCAAUCUACUGGGUCUUAAACAGAACUAUAGUGCACUGAAAGAUGAUGUGGCUAAAACCAAUGCUGUUGCCAAAGACCCUGUUGAAAAUGUUUUGGAUGCAGAUGACAAGGUCAAACGCCUUGAAAAGGAGGCAGAUCGAUUACUGGAUAAACUUAAACCUAUCAAGGAACUCCAGGAAAACAUUGGGAAAAACAUCUCUCAGAUUAAAGAGCUGAUCAAUCAAGCACGCAAACAAGCCAACUCAAUCAAAGUCUCUGUAUCUUCUGGAGGGGACUGCAUUCGCACCUAUAAACCUGACAUUAAGAAAGGAAGAUAUAACACAAUUGUACUAAAUGUGAAAACACCAGCCCCAGACAAUCUGCUGUUUUACCUUGGAAGCAAUAAAUAUACUGACUUCUUAGCCAUUGAGAUGCGGAAGGGUAAAGUCAACUUCUUGUGGGAUGUUGGGUCAGGGGUUGGACGUGUUGAAUAUCCAGAUUUAAACAUCAAUGACCAGAAUUGGUACAGGAUCGAAGCUUCGAGAUCUGGAAUCAAUGGUACAAUUUCUGUCCAAGCAUUAGAGGGUCCGGGUGUAGCCACACUGCCUGCUGUGUACAGUUCUGCCUCACUGCCUGGUUAUACAAUUUUGGAUGUGGAUGCAAAUGCCCUACUUUUUGUUGGUGGCUUGACCGGUAAAGUAAAGAAAGCGGAUGCUGUUAAAACAACAACAUUCUAUGGUUGUAUGGGAGAAACAUUCCUAGACAGCAAGCCUAUUGGUCUAUGGAAUUACCGGGACCGAGAAGGUGACUGCAAGGGAUGCUCUAUAAGUCCACAGAUUGCAGACAGUGAGGGGACAGUCCAAUUUGAUGGAGAUGGAUACGCUAUAGUCAGCCGUCCAGUUCGAUGGAACCCUAAUAUUUCAACAAUAAUGUUCAAGUUCAAAACAUUCUCUUCAAAUGCGCUUCUUAUGUACCUGGCAACAAGGGACUUGAAAGAUUUUAUGAGUGUCGAGUUGAGCGAUGGGCGUGUAAAAGUUAGCUAUGAUCUGGGAUCAGGCACAGCCUUUACAGUUAGCAACAAGAACCAUAAUGAUGGGAAAUGGAAAUCUUUCACCCUCUCCAGAAUACAGAAACAAGCUAAUAUUUCAAUUUUGGAUAUGGAUACCAAUGAGGAAGACAAAAUAGGUAUAACUUCUUCCGGAAGUAACUUUGGUCUUAAUUUGAAAUCAGACGAGAAGAUAUAUUUUGGUGGACUACCAGUAAUUGAAAACCUAAGUAUGAAAGCCAGGUCAGAAGUUAAUUUAAAAAAAUAUGCCGGCUGCAUGAAAGAUAUUGAAGUUUCACGAACACCAUAUAAUUUACUAAGCAGUGCUGACCAUAUUGGAUUGACAAAAGGAUGUCUUCUUGAGAAAGUGUAUGUAGUAAGUUUUCCAAAGCCUGGAUAUGUGGAGUUGCCACCAGUGUCCCUGCCUGCUGGUACAGAGAUUACCUUGUCAUUCAGCACAAAAAAUGAAUCCGGAAUGAUCUUGUUUGGCAAUGGAGGGAAUUCAAGAAGGAAACGUAGACAGAGCAGCCAGAUUUAUUAUGCACUUGUUCUAAGGAAGGGAAGAUUAGAAGUUUCUAUCCCUGGUGCCAAAGAAAUUCAUAGAAUCACCAUCAGACCUGAGAAAGGAGAAUUCCAUGAUGGCAAAGAACAUUCUGUUCGAAUAGAAAGAUCCAAAAACGCAUUUACUGUGCAAGUCGAUGAGGACAAAAUCCAGACACUGAGAUUACCGGCAAGUCAGUCCAUUAAUGUAACCAAGCUUUUUGUGGGAGGAAUACCAGCUGAUAAGCAAGCAACUUUGUUCAAGAAUAUUCCACCAUUUGAGGGGUGCAUUUGGAAUCUCCUUAUCAACGCUGUACCAAUAGACUUUUCUCAGCCUGUAUCAUUUGAGAAUGCUGAAAUUGGGCAUUGCCCCACCCUGUUGCCAGAGAGAAUUACUGAGGAAGAUGGUGACAGGGACAGAAAUGCUACACAAUCACUGAUCCUACCUGAAACUGGCCGUGACGAUAAAGCCUCCACAACUGCUUCACCAAAGGUCACUCCUGCUCCUCUGCCUGCCAUUCCUCCCACAGAGCCUGACACCACAGAACUGAAGAAUGCCAACAUUUCUGAUCCCCAUGCCACAACGGGUGUGUGUGUAGCUGAUGUACAACCAGUUACCUUGACAGGUGGGAAACAGUUUGGUCUUUCCAAGAACAGCCAUGUUGCAUUUGCCUUUGAUGAUACCAAAGUGAAGAACACCUUGUCAAUUGAACUUGAACUUCGUACAACGGCAGAAUCAGGGCUAGUUUUCUACAUGGCUCGCAUAAACCAUGCCGAUUUUGCUACAAUUCAGAUAAAAGAAGGAAUGGUUCACUUUAGGUAUGACCUUGGAAAUGGAGACACCAGCACAUUUAUUCCUCUUAAAAUUAAUGAUGGAGAAUGGCAUAAGAUAAAUAUAUUUAGGACGAAGCAGAAAGGGUUCCUGUAUGUUGACAGCUUUUCAAACAGCACUACCAGCCCAAAGAAAGCAGACAUCCUGGAUGUGGUCGGAAUGCUUUAUGUUGGAGGGCUGCCUGUUAAUUAUACUACCAAAAGAAUUGGACCGGUAUUAUAUAGCAUUGAUGGUUGUAUUCGUAAUUUUAGAAUGUUGGAAGGUUCUACAGAUCUGGGGAAUCCAACAUCUAGCUUUAAUGUUGGCUCAUGCUUUGCCAAUCCACAGAAAGGAACAUAUUUCAGUGGCACAGGAUUUGCAAAGACAGUUGGAACAUAUAAAGUUGGCAUGGAUGUAUUAAUAGAACUGGAAUUUCGCACAGUCCGAACCACAGGAGUCUUGCUUGGAAUCAGUGGGAAAAAGAUGGAUGGGCUUGGCAUUGAACUGGUUGAUGGCAAACUUCUUUUCCAUGCAGAUAAUGGUGCUGGUCGAUUUACUGCCACUUAUGAACCAGAGACUCCAGGUAGCUUAUGUAAUGGGCAGUGGCAUAGAGUGGUGGCAAACAAGAUUAGAUAUCGCCUAGAGUUGAUAGUUGAUGACAACAAAGUUGAAGCAUCAAGCACAAAUGCUGCAUCAACAUCUGCAGAUACUAAUGAUCCAGUUUAUGUAGGAGGAUAUCCUGAAGGGGUGGAGCAAUUUGGCCUGACGACCAAUGUGAGUUUUAAGGGUUGUAUUAAAAAUCUCAAACUUACAAAAGGCACAGUCAAACCUUUGGAAAUCAACUUCAGCAAAUCGUUGGAGAUAAAAGGAGUCCAGCCUUUAACAUGCCCUGGGGAAUGAUACUAGUUAUUUUGACCAAUAACAAAUGAAUGGCAUACUUUUGAUGUCUUUUGACAAACACACACAAUAAUAUCUGCCAUGUUUACAUGGCAACCCCAUACAGAAUUAAAAAAAUAAAUAAAGGUGUUAUAUCCUAUAUUUUAUUGUAGUUCACAUAAUUCUUUUUCCCAUAUGUUAAAUAAAAUAAGCAUUUCUGCAAA